GCGGCCGCGGACACCGAGGCAGGCGCGAGCCAUGGAGGGCAACCGCGACGAGGCGGAGAAAUGCGUGCAGAUCGCUCGCGAGGCCCUGAGCGCCGGCAACCGCGACAAGGCCCAGCGCUUCCUGCAGAAGGCCGAGAAGCUGUACCCGCUGCCGGCCGCGCGCGCAUUAUUGGAAAUAAUUAUGAAAAACGGAAGCACUGCUGGAAAUAGCACGCAUUGCCGAAAACCGCCAGGGAGCAGCGACCAGAGCAAGCCCAGCUUCGGGAAGGAUGGCACUUCCGGUGCUGGUGAAGGCGGGAAAGUCUACACCAAAGACCAAGUCGAAGGCGUGCUCAGCAUAAACAAAUGUAAAAAUUACUACGAAGUCCUCGGAGUUACAAAAGAUGCUGGUGAUGAAGAUUUGAAAAAAGCUUAUAGGAAGCUGGCUUUGAAGUUUCAUCCAGACAAAAACCACGCCCCUGGAGCCACGGAUGCUUUCAAAAAGAUCGGAAAUGCGUACGCCGUUUUAAGCAAUCCAGAGAAACGAAAACAGUAUGACCUUACAGGCAGCGAGGAGGAAGCCUGUAGUCCCCAGAGCAACGGCAGGUUCAACUUCCACCGCGGCUGCGAGGCUGACAUAACUCCGGAAGACCUGUUCAAUAUCUUUUUUGGCGGUGGAUUUCCUUCAGGUAGUGUACAUUCAUUUUCAAAUGGCCGGGCUGCUUACAGCCAUCAACAUCAGCACCGACACAGUGGGCACGAAAGAGAAGAAGAAAGAGGAGAUGGAGGCUUUUCCGUGUUUAUCCAGCUCAUGCCUGUCAUUGUGCUGAUCCUUGUGUCCCUGUUAAGCCAGCUGAUGGUCUCCAAUCCUCCGUAUUCCUUAUACCCCAGGUCUGGACAAACUAUUAAAAUGCAGACGGAGAACCUGGGCGUGGUGUACUACGUCAACAAGGACUUUAAAAGCGAAUAUAAAGGAGCGCUGUUACAGAAGGUAGAAAAGAGUGUGGAAGAGGAUUACGUGACUAACAUCCGGAAUAACUGCUGGAAAGAAAGGCAGCAGAAAACAGAUAUGCAGUAUGCAGCAAAAGUGUACCGUGAUGAACGGCUACGGAGGAAGGCGGACGCCCUGAGCAUGGACAACUGCAAAGAGCUGGAGCGGCUGACCAGCCUGUACAAGGGCGGGUAACCGAGUGCUGCCCGCUCCCUUCCUUGUACUGUCUUUUCUGUAAAUUCCAUGUCGCCAUGAAGCGAAGAAGACUUGAUUAAAGACUAAGCUGAGUAGUUGAUUCCUGAGACCUUGGACUGUUAAUGAUCUACUGGCUCAUUUCAAUAGUAAGAACUGAAAACUAAAUAUUUUAGUAUGCUUCUGCAAUUACUUUCUCUUAAAAUCUUACAUGAUUCCUUCCGAGGUCUGGAGAGGAUUAUCACACCUGUAGCAAUUGCCAGUUUUGUGAGUCUCCAGUAUUCCUUUGCCAUGUAAAUAUUUCUAGGAUGAUUUUGUAUACAUAUGAGCGCUUGCCUUUUAUUUAAAUUACGUUAGUGUUUAGCUCCAUGAGACACUCCGUUCAGGCCGAUGGAAUGGACACAGUCACAUUUCCCAUGAGGUGUUUGGGUGUGUGCAAUUUAAACAAUGAAAAUUUUUUUCAAAAAGAAAAAACAAAACUUUAUGUAAAAUCUUAUAUCAGUGUAGAAGGAAUCGACACUUUUAAUAUUGUUCUUAUAUUUCAGAAUAUAUAAUGAUAUAAACGAA